UGGACAUAAUGGUUUCUAGAAUGGAAUCACUCACUACUUUCCUGAAGGUUCCAAACAGAAAAACAAAAUUUUGGGAAAUACCAGAGAGUCAACAUGCUGUUCAAGCACAUGUAGGAUGUAAGAGUAUGGAGUCACCAUGUUAUAUCUUAACUGUAAGAAUUAUUCGAAUGAGGAAUCUCCAUCCAGAAGAUUGGUUCAGUGAUUCUGAUUGUUAUGUGACCUUGUGGCUUCCUACUUCCUCACUGGAAAAAUAUCGAACCAAAACAGUUACAAACUGCAAAGAUCCAAUAUGGAAUGAAAUAUUCUAUUUCAGGAUCCAGAGUCAAGUCAAGAAUGUUUUGGAACUGACAAUAUGUGAUGAAGAUUUCUAUCGAAAUGACGACAACCGAGUUAUUUACUUUGAUGUAGCUAAAAUCCCACUUGGAGAAUCAAUAAUGGUCAAAUUUGAAUUGGAUCACCUGAAAAAUGAAGAAAUGGAAGUUGAAUUUACUUUGGAGAAUAUAGAGGGUCCACAUGAAACAAUAGCUACAAAUGGAGCAGUGGUGUGUCGUGAAUUCUGCUGCUUGGAGUUUCAGGUAGACAGGAAGAAGCGGAAGAAAAAGAAAAAGCAUUCUAAACAACAAGAUGUUAAAUGUACCUUGAAAGGAUCCUUUGAAGAAACUCAAAGCAUUUCAUUAACUUCUGCCAAAAAGCUGCAAUGCACCGAACCUUUCUUUUUCCACUAUGCCAAGUAUAAUCCAGCAGAACUGGACAUUCUUCUUCCAGGAAAGAGAUCAUUUCUCUCUUUUUGCUCUUGUAUGUCAUGUGGAAUUGAUUCUGCCAAAACCAGAAAGUUGACCUUGCCUGUACAUUCAUUUCCCUUAAAUCAGGAAAUAAUCAAAGAGGAUAAAGAAUUUAAUUUAUACUUCACAGCACAGAACUGCACAUCAGAUUUAGAUGUACGCUUAGGGUUUGAUCUUUGUCCAGAAGAAGAGGCUUUCCUGAAAAGACGGAAGAAAGUGACUGCUGCUGCUUUCAAAAAGAUUCUCCAGCUUGAGGAUGAUCUGCAGGAAGAUGAGGUGCCAGUGGUGGCAAUCAUGACAACAGGCGGUGGGAUCAGAGCAGUUACGGCAAUGUAUGCUCACCUACUGACAUUGCAGAAAUUAGGUGCUUUGGACUGUGUGUCCUAUAUCACUGGAUUGUCUGGCACAACAUGGACAAUGUCACGCUUGUAUCAGGAUCCCAACUGGUCCCAAAAUGAUUUAGAAAAGCCACUCAGGAGUGUGCAAAACCAUGUGACAAAAAACAAGUUUCUGGCCAGUUUUGCCCCAGAAAAGCUGAAGUACUAUGCAAAGGAACUGUGGCAACGUUAUCAAGAAGGGUACAGUGUAUCUUUUACAGACUUAUGGGGAUUGAUCAUUGAAGCUAUGCUACACAGUGAGGAAAACCCUCACAAACUUUCAGAUCAGCAGCAGGCCCUAACUGAUGGACAGAAUCCUCUACCUAUAUAUCUUUGCCUCAAUGUGAAAGAGAAACUAAGUAAUCGAGGGUUCAGAGAAUGGUUGGAAUUCACACCGUAUGAAGUUGGAUUCCAAAAAUAUGGUGCCUACAUUCGUGCUGAACACUUUGGUAGCGAAUUCUUCAUGGGUCGUUUGAUGAAGAAAAUCCCAGAAUCACGUAUCUGCUUUUUAGAAGGAAUCUGGAGUAGUGUGUUUUCUGUGAACAUUAUGGAUGGCUGGUUCCUGGCUACCAAUUCAGAAGAUUUUUGGCAGAUCUGGACACGAGACAGAAUAACUGAAAUUGAAGAGCUUAUGUGCUGUCCAAAAGCAUAUAAACUACCUGUUCGAGUCCAAUAUCCUCCAGGAAGCCUUGCCAGCAUUUUGCAAGAUGUUAUUAUGUGGCGACCUGCUGUGUCAUUGGUCCCCAAUUUUCUGAGAGGUUGCCCAAUGCACGACAAAUAUUUAGAGAGUGGAUUUGCAAACUGGAAAGAUUGUGAUCUUGACAGUUUUCCUAACCAGCUAACUGGAGCUGAAGAGCAUCUGUAUCUGGUGGAUAAUGCAUUUGCCCUCGAUACCAGCUAUCCCCCACUUAUGAGGCCGGAGAGAAAAGUGGACGUCUUCAUACAUUUAAAUUAUAGCUCAGGUUCACAGUUACGGCCUCUGCAAAUGGCCUCAAAUUAUUUCUCAGAACAAGGAAUUCCUUUUCCCAGAAUUAUCCCACAGGAACAAGAUGAAAAAGAUGUAAAGGAAUGCUAUUUGCUAGAUCAAGAAGGUCCAAAUAUUCCAUUAGUUCUUCUUUAUCCCCUGGUUUGUAAUACCUUCCAAACUUAUAAAGAACCUGGUGUGAAGCGUAGUCCUGAAGAGAUGAAUGAUGGUGAUAUUGAUGUGACUAGUACCUGUGGCCCUUAUAACAUUAAUGCUUUGCAAUAUUCAGAAGAGGAUUUUGAGAAACUGGUAAAACUGAGCCAGUACAACAUCCAAAAUAACAAAAGUACUUUGAUUGAUGCUUUACGGUUAGCCGUGGAACGGAAAAAACAGUAUAAGAAGAGCCUUCAUAUACUGAGUUCUAAAACUUUUGGGGGAGAGGGCACCUCAGUUUUUCCUGCACCACAAAACAAAGCAUUUCAUUCCAGAAGGAAAGUAAGAUAAAAUAAUAAUAAUAAUAAAAAAAUUUAAGAUCCUGGCCAUGAAGGAAAAAAAAUGCUGCUUUUAUGAAAAUAAAUACAUUGUAAAACCUGAAAUGCUGUUUUAAUGAAUUCUAGUUGUCUUUUGGCAACAGCGGCACAGUGGCAGAAUAAAACAUGGAUACAGAACUUUCUACACUGAUAAAUUUGGAAGAUCCUCUAAACAACCACAAAAAAUGCCCUGUGAAAAAUGUUGUUUUUACCUUGUAAUGUUGAUGUUUAUAGAUUUUAUCCAAAAAACGGUUUUCUCUCUGAAA